AAAAUAAUUUUAAAAAAAUAAAGUGAACCCAUAAAAUUAAAAAUAAAUAUAAGUUCAACUCCGAUCAUUUUCUUACGCAGAAAAAAAUAAUUAAAAUGUUUGGAAUUGAUGACAAUGAUAAAUCCACGAAGAGGAGUAAGAAGAGGUCACAUGAAGAUGACCGUGAUCGUGAAAAAGACUCGAAAAAAGUCAAAGUCAAAGAGGGAAGCAAAAAUGACGAUACAGCAGAAAAUAAAUUGUCGCCAGAAAUGAUAAAACAGAUGAUGGCCAACGCACAGAAACAAAUAGAAGAACGUAAACGAGCAUUAAAUACUAUAAAUCAAAAUAACAUUUCAAGCGUAAAAAACUCCUUCAAAAGUCGUGAUCCAAUACCAAUUGCUAGUUCUAUGUAUUCACAAGGAUUACUCAGUAAAGCUGAUUCAGAUAAAGCUAGAAAACUGGUAGUGCUUCAAGCACAAAUAAAAAGUAAACUUAAUUCCGGUUUAUUAAAUUCAGUAAGCGUACCGGAUAAACCUACUCCAUUGAUUCUUGAUGAAUCUGGUAGAACAGUUGACAUCACUGGUAAAGAAAUCCAGCUUACUCAUGUUGUCCCGACUCUUAAAGCCAAUAUAAGAGCUAAAAAGCGUGAAGAAUUUAAAGCACAGCUUCAAGAUUCAAAAGGCCCCGAAGAAAUUCAGGAUACACACUUUUUUGACAAUCGUAUUGGUGUAAAAGUUCCAACUCGUGGGAAACGAGCUUUGAAGUUUCACGAGCCUGGUAAAUUUCAACAGAUUGCUGAGAGGAUACGUGUUAAAGCGCAGUUGGAAAAACUCCAAAAUGAAAUUAGUCAAAUUGCACGUAAAACAGGAAUUAGUUCUGCCACCAAAUUAGCUCUUAUUGCUCCAAAAACAGAGGCACUCAAUGAAGAUGUACCUAAUGUUGAAUGGUGGGACUCGGUCAUUUUGGCGAGUGGUUAUCCAGUUAAUGAGGAUGAACAAGUACAAAUUAAAUAUUCAACAAUUACUAAUUUAGUCGAGCAUCCAAUACAAAUGAGACCACCGACGGAAUCGUCGAGACCUGUAUAUAUGCCGGUAUUUCUUACUAAAAAAGAACGUAAAAAACUUCGCCGACAAAACCGUCGUGAGGCGUGGAAAGAAGAGCAAGAAAAAAUUCGUUUGGGAUUAGAACCACCUCCUGAACCGAAGUUAAGAAUCUCAAAUUUAAUGCGAGUUUUGGGUACUGAAGCAAUACAAGAUCCUACUAAAAUUGAAGCUCACGUACGUCAGCAAAUGGCGAAACGGUUAAAAGCCCACGAAGACGCUAAUGCUGCGCGUCGAUUGACAGUCGAUCAGAGAAGAGAGAAGAAGGCACGGAAGCUCAAAGAAGAUACUUCUAAUGGAGUUUUUGUAACUGUGUACAGAAUACGUGACUUGAUAAAUAAUGCAUCGAAAAAGUUCAAGGUUGAAGCUAAUGCAAAACAACUGUAUUUAACUGGAUGUGUGAUGUUAUUCCGUGACUGUAAUGUCGUGGUAGUUGAGGGUGGCGCCAAACAAUUGCGUAAAUAUCGGCGUGUAAUGAUGCAUAGAAUAAAAUGGGAAGAAGAUAUCGUAAAAGAUACCGACGGUAAUGAUGUACCGAAUAAGUGUGUCAUUGUGUGGGAAGGAAGCAGUACACAACGGCACUUUGGUGAGAUCAAAUUUAAAGUGUGUCCUAUUGAAAGAAUGGCUCGUGAACAUUUUAAAAAACACCAAGUUGAACAAUACUGGGAUUUAGCAUACAGCGGGGCUGUGCUUGAUAAUACCGAUGAAGUGAACUCAUAAAAAAAUAUUAUCAAUUUAACUAAUUAAUUAAACAAAGGAUAAUAAACAAAUACAUAAUUUUGUGUAA